AUGAGCGACGGGGCGGGGAGCGAGCCGCCGCGCUUGCCCCGGCUGUGCUGCCCGGAGAAGGGGCCCAACGGCUACGGCUUCCACCUGCACGGCGAGAAGGGCAAGGUGGGCCAGUUCAUCCGCUUGGUGGAGCCGGACUCGCCGGCGGAGCAGUCCGGGCUGCGGGCCGGCGACCGGCUGGUGGAGGUGAACGGCGAGAACGUGGAGAAGGAGAGCCACCAGCAGGUGGUGAGCCGCAUCCGCAACUCGCCGGGCUCGGUGCGCUUGCUGGUGGUGGACGCCGCGGCCGACGAGCGGCUGCAGCAGCUGGGCCUGGAGUGCCGCGAGGAGCUGGUCCGCGCGCUGCCCGCCGGCCAGGCCGAGGGGCCGGAGGGGCAGGAGCCGCGGGAGGCCGCCCCGCAGCAGGGGCCGGAGGAGGAGGAAGAGGAGACUGCAGCCAUCUCCUUGCCAAAGUCUCCAGUGCCAGUCUGGUAUCCCAACUGGGUGCCAGGAGUAAACUUGAAGGGAAAGAUCAGGGUGUUCUUUAAGAGGCAGAACUGGGAUGAACUGCGACCUCGCCUCUGCCAGAUGAAGAAGGGCCCCAAUGGGUACGGGUUCAACCUCCAUAGUGACAAGACCAAGCCAGGCCAGUUUAUCCGAGCUGUAGAUCCAGACUCGCCAGCUGAAGCUUCAGGAUUGCGCCCGCAAGACCGUAUUAUUGAGGUGAAUGGGCUGUCCAUGGAAGGCAAGCAGCACUCUGACGUAGUCGCAGCCAUAAAAGCUGGCGGAGACGAGACCAAGCUGUUGGUGGUGGAUAGCCUAACGGAUGAUUUUUUUAAAAAGUGCAAAGUCCUUCCCUCAGAGGAGCAUCUGACAGGGUCCUUGCCAGAACCAGUUGCCAAUGGCGAUGUAGAAAAGGAGAACAGCAAAGAUGAACAGCGGGAGCAUGUCUAUGAAAGUCCUCCUACCCCUGAGCACUUGUCUGCUUCCCCCACUGUGAAUGAAACUCACCAUGAGCUCAACUCUCAGGAGAAGGUAGAGAAACGCAGCUCUAUAUCCGACCCAGUGCUUGAUUUGGACAUCCCUCUGGCGGUGGCCAAGGAACGUGCCCACCAGAAGCGCACCAGCAAAAAGGCACCUCAGAUGGACUGGAGCAAGAAAAACGAACUUUUCAGUAAUCUCUGAAGUGUCUCAUCCCCAAGCUGGGAGGAGAAGUGGGGGCAAUACCAUAAAAUAUGACCUGAUCUUCC